ACACAAAAAGGCGCAUUUUUUCCUUUUUGUUUAGAGUGGUUAAAAAACAUAAAAGAUUGGUAUGGAGAUACACAAAUUCAUGAAACCAAUGGCUCACGUAUUACUAUUAUUACUAGCAAUUCAUGCGCAUAUCCAAGCCGUUGUUUCAAUCACAAACACUUCUGUCUCAACCAUCCAUCUGAAACCUAAUUCCAUCUCACGAACUAAAAACCCCUUUUGGCGGCGGGAGCUUCGAAGCAGCGGUGGUAGCGGCGGAGGAGGUCGUGGGGGUGGAGGUGGCAGCAGUGGUCGAGGCGGAAACAGCGGUAAAGGCGGCAGUAGAGAUGGAGGAGGUAGCGGUGGCGCUGGGAAUGGAGGAUCUUCUAAUAGUGGCGGCCAUUAUAAUGGCGGUGGUAGUAGCAAUGGUGGCCAUUCUGUAGGAAGCGGCGGUGACUGCUUGAAACACCGUGGUCUCACCGGUGGUGUCUAUUGUGUGUGGAUUCUAAUAAAAUCUGAGGAAGACGACGUCAUGUUUUUGUUCGAUUGGUUCUAUGGAAUAUUGGCCUCGUUAGGGUUGUGGCAGAAAGAAGCGAAGAUCUUGUUUCUAGGCCUCGACAAUUCCGGAAAAACUACUUUACUUCACAUGCUCAAAGACGAGAGAUUAGUUCAGCACCAGCCAACACAGCAUCCCACUUCUGAGGAACUUAGCAUUGGCAAAAUCAAGUUCAAGGCCUUUGAUUUGGGUGGCCAUCAGAUUGCUCGUCGGGUUUGGAAAGACUACUAUGCCAAGGUUGAUGCUGUUGUCUACCUAGUGGAUGCUUACGACAGGGAGAGAUUUGUGGAGUCGAAAAGAGAACUAGACGCUCUUUUAACAGAUGAAGCCUUAGCAAAUGUUCCCUGUCUUAUUCUUGGGAACAAGAUUGAUAUUCCUUAUGCAUCCUCAGAAGAUGAGCUCAGGUAUCACUUGGGUCUCACCAAUUUCACUACCGGUAAAGGCAAUGUCAGUCUUGAAGACUCUGGUGUUCGUCCCCUUGAGGUCUUCAUGUGCAGCAUCGUCCGCAAAAUGGGUUAUGGUGAAGGGUUCAAAUGGCUAUCUCAGUAUAUCAAGUAGACAGCAUUGGUGAUUGCUUCACGGUUUAUAAAUGAGACAUCUCCAAUUUUUCUAUUUGAAAAGACAUAAACUCUCUCUAUUCUAGUUUUCUCUAAGUUUUAAUAGUAGUAAGUCGACUUCAAACUUGUUGUGCAUUAUACUAUUGGAGUAGUUGUGUUUCUUUGUUGAAUCAAACCGAACAAAAUGGAUUCUGUUCU